UACGAAAAAUUAUAUCGGGAUCGUUAUCAUGGAAUUUAUUUUUCAGUUUAAAAGACUAGAGAAAUCGUGAAAGUUGUGAUUAAAAGGCGAAUCUACCACCAUCUAUCAUUAAUAUGGCUGAUGAGAAGGAAGAAGUAGUAGAAUCACCUGAAAUACAUUUUGAGCCAGUAGUUAGACUACCAGAAGUUGAUGUCAAAUCCCUGGAAGAGGAUGAGGCAGAGAUUUUUAAAAUGAGAGCUAAACUCUUCCGGUUUGAUAAUGCUGCUGAGCCCCCAGAAUGGAAGGAGAGGGGCACAGGAGAUGUCAAGCUGCUUAAACAUAAAGUUACUGGUCUAAUACGAUUACUAAUGAGGCGAGACAAGACCCACAAAGUUUGUGCCAAUCAUUAUGUGACCACACAGAUGGAGCUGAAGCCUAAUGCUGGCAGUGACAGGGCUUGGGUGUGGCCUGUUCCCUCAGACUUUGCUGACGAAGAAGCCAAACAGGAACUGCUUGCAAUUCGAUUUGCAAAUUCAGAAAAUGCUCUUAAAUUCAAAGAAAAGUUUGAGGAAGCUGGCAAAGAAAAUAAGAAGUUAGCUAUCCCCAAUGGUGUGUCAGAAACAGAUGAACAGAAGUCCGAGAGAGUGGGUCAGGAGGCUGGUGAUACAAAUAAAACCGACGACGACAAAGAGACGAGCACUCUGACAGAUAAACUGGAAGAUUUAACUGUUAAAGGAGCAAAGAGCUCAGAUAGUGAUGCCUCGAAAGAGGAAGGCGAUUCUAAAGAUAAACCCAGUGACUCAAAUGAAACAAAGGCAGCAUAGAGUUCAGAGUUGAGAUUCGUUGUGAUCAUGCAAGUGUAUUAACAGGGUAGCAAGAACUCUAGACAUUUGUCAAGAGAUAUGCUCUGAAUUAGGUUUUGUCGCUUCUCAAAUUUAAAGAGCCUACUAGAAAAGGUUGAAAAGGACAAACCGUGAGAGUAUUUUAUAAGUACACACGUUAUAAAAAUUUCCAUUUUGCAAGAUCUGUUCUUAAAAGAGCAUAAUUUUUUAUGCAGGAAACUUAUUGUGGUUCACUGUACAUGUAAAACUGUGAAAAGUUGUCUUUUAAAAUUGAUUGGCUACUUUUUUUUCUGCACAGGAACCCCUGCUUCUUUAUUGUCCAUUUGUUGUUGGGAGUUAGGGUCAUGACAUUUUGAGUUCAGAGUGUAUGGAUUGUAAGAAAAGUUAUGGACACCAGUGAAUGGAUAGAAAGUGAUUAAUCUCCAAGCAUUUUAUUGAAGAAAAUUAUAACUCAGAAAAAGAUGUUUUCUUGUUGUACUUUUUAUUAUGAAAAAUAUUGUAUUAGGUACUUCAUGUAUUAUUAUGAAUGUUUCCAGUAUAAUAUAUAAUUGAUAAGAUAUUUAGAAGAUUUAUUUUAGAACUCUUAAAUUUGUAAGGAAUGGGUUGUUAUUUAAUGUUAUGUAUGGACAGUAUUAUUUAGUUUUGUUUUCAGUCAGCUUGAUCUAAAUAUUUUUUUAAAAAACAACCCUAAAAAACUACAGCAGCAUCCAGUUUUGACCUGUUUCAACACAGGAUGAGAAUAUUACAGCUAUUGUAGUAUCAACUUGUUUUGUAGAUUGUUGUUAUAACGAACAGUAACUGCAUCAACAACUGUUUGUGAUGAAAUAAAUUAUCAAAUAAUGUGAGAAA